CAGUCAGGCGGUGCAGCGGUCACUGGCGCCAGCGCUCUUCCAGCGGCAGUCAUGAAGCGGCUGCUCGUUUUCACCGCGGCUAUCGCGACCGCCAUCGCAGUGACGCAACGGCCUCGCCACGCAGCAGACGCAACCGGCGACCUGAGCAGUGCUGGCAAUGUUGCAGUUACCCACCUACCACAGACGGAACCGAAUGGUAGUCAUGAUGUACACAUCUCACAGCAUGAAUCGGUGGAUACAGGUCACGAACGCAGCUCAACGAAACAAAAAACGCAUGUGGCAGACCGAGAGAAGGAAAGAAAUAGUAACCGCUACACAGCAAGGAAAACCGUGCCCCAUAUCGGUGAUCCAACAAAGCAGAAUGACGAUCACCAGCGACCGAGAGUUUUACGAAAGAGGCACAGAAGAUACAAACGACCAAUAAUGAGGAAAACCUCCUUGUCUUGGGAAACAAAUUCUGUGGUACAGACAAAUAAUCCUCCCCUUCAACCGAGCUCCGCACAGUUUGUCACAUCAUAUCGGAAUACUUACAAAUUUCCUCCAGAGAACCACAACGCAACAGACUCUUCUUAUUUACAGAAAAGUUCCAGCUCAACUCGAGAUGGACGGCAUCGAUACGUACAGCAACUACAUCAUGCUGAGUCACGGAAUGACAAUGUUAGUGAAGCUAAUUAUAUAGAGAUAUCUUCACAGAAAUCAGAUACGGGAGCUAUCAACGAUGACAUUGCUACAUAUACCUUGCCCGGCUCAAAAAAUGUACCCGAAGACAGAGUGUCACAAAAAGUCAGAAAUCAGAAAAGUCGACUACCAGUGCACGCAAACGACAGACAACGACAGCCCCUAACACAUGGGGUAUUGAAACAAAAUGAAAAAUUACGUGAUAAAAAUCAUAAUGUCUUUCAUAUGAGGAAAUCAUCGGAGCUAAAUAAAAGUGUUCUCUCGAACAAGUCUUCGUACAAUAGCUACAUCGAUCCAGUUUCUCACGAAUUGGGCGAUGAAGUGCCUGCAGUCUCCGUAAUCAAUCACCAAUCACCAGGAAGAUCCUUACAUAUUGGGGACGUAGGGAAGUCACGUGUAAUGAAUGAAACACAUCACUUGGCCCCGUCGUUGGAGACAGAACGUAAAAGUGCUUCCUACGCUAAUCAGGAGCUACACUCAGGCUCAGGAAUAAACUUGAAAUCCAUGAAAAUGUUAUUAGAGCCAGUGGUAGCGAAACCAGUGGCCCCACAAACGGCACGACAUACAGAUAAUGUUGGAUUGGAAGAGGAAAAUCAUACAGAGGGGAGUGCUGUCCCCAGAAGUCUCCUAGAUUAUUCAAAAGAGACUCCACUCCAACAGUUCCCAGAGCAACCGAAAAGCGCUGCUAAUCCCUUAGAAGCAGGAAGUCAAGAAGGAAAUCACAUAAACAAUACUAUGCACAAAUUAAGGCAUGAGAGGAGACGCAGAAUAUUGGGCCGACAUCAGACCAACACUUCGAAACGUCUGAACCUAACGUCUGAACAAAGAAACGACUCUCACUCUCUUAAUGUCAGCCACCCCACUUAUAAUAUUUUCAAUUUUUAUGGGCCUGUUAUUAUUACAGGUGGAGCACUGCUCCCAGUCAGUUCAAACGAUUCUUCUUCAUCAUCCUACGAAAGUGGCGCACUUAGUAAUGGCAGCUACAAUCCCAGUAAUGUCCUUUACAUUGCCGACAAAGAAGCAGUUUCCACUCAAACUUCGAAUGUCGCAAAAAAUUUCAAUUAUAGUAGUUUAGCAAACAGUGGAAUGACCAUGGUUUUUCUCCCUACUAGACUUGCUAAUAGAUUACUUCUACAGAGCUAUAAUCACGAAACUGACGGUUCAGUUCUAAAUGCGGGGAGAAGUCGUGGAAUUGAUGUUAACUCAGCUAGGAGUCUACACAAUGGACCAUUCAAUCAACCAACCACCUCUUCACACUUUGACAAUCCAUCUCCUCAUACAGGAGGUGAAAUCAGCCCUCCCUCUGCCUGGUCGGAAGAUCCACACCAGGAUACUGCAGCCCACAACAAUGGGGUAUCUGAACACAACAAUGGUACACUAAAUGUGUCGGCAAAUAUGGGAAAUGACCUUUCCAUCUCUGGAGCAGGCACUAUGGGUUUCAGUGGCACAGAAUCCGGCAGUGCACCAGGUAAAGCGUAUAAUGUUUAUCCUGACAGUAAUGUGUUAAGUGCAAAAGCGAGUUUACCUCCAUAUACUGGUCCAGCUGGUCAAGAAAGCCAGAUUCCGUAUAGUGUGAGCUCCACAGAAAGAACUACGAAUCAUGAUUCGCCUUUCACAGGAUAUGAUAAUAGCAUUGUUAGUCCCAACACGAAUGCAGGAAUUUGGUCUACUGAUGAUAGGAACAAAAUUAUAAUGAACUUCGAUGAACCAAGUACACCUGAAAUUGGAACCAGUGUUGGGGCACCGGUUGCAGGUAGCCUACCAAACCAAGGAUCCCAUUCCGGAUCUGUACCUGCUGACACAUCGUUCACAGGAUAUGAUAAUAGCAUUGGUAGUUCCAACACGAAUGCGGGAAUGUGGUCCAGUGACGAUAGAAACAAAAUUAUAAUGAACUUUGAUGGACCAAGUACAACUGAAACUGGAUCCGGUGUUGGGGCAUCGGUUGCAGGUAGCUUGCCAAACCAAGGAUCCCAUUCCGGAUCUCUACCUGGUGACACAUCAUUCACUGCUCCAGGCACUCGACAAGAAAGGGGAUGGAAGAUACGAGGUCGCAUUGGUUUCGAAUGGAACCCAGAGCUUUCUGGGAUCACUGAUAGUAGGAUGUUAACCACACCACCAGAAAAUGCAUGGAACGGUCAAUGGGGAAAUUAUGGGACUUCCUACGGUCCUACAAUGGGAGCACAAAUUUAUGGCUGGAAAGGUCCACCGCAACCUUACUGGCAAGACUAUAAUGCACUUUAUCCAUUCAGGAAUCAAGUAUAUGGAGGCUACAGUGCAACUGGGGGAUUCGUGCCACCUCCAUAUGCUUCACAUGGGAGAUCAGCAGGUAGAGCAGGUUCUAUGUGGAUAGAGGGUGACAUCUGGAGAGAUUAUACCUAUGGAGAGCCUGAUUACACUACAUCUCAAGAUGGCCAACCAACGACAUACUACGGACCUGGUGCUUCACCAUUCUUUGGAGAGGGGGAUGUUAAUUAUUCACCAACAAAGCCUCGCAAAGGGAGACCACUGUCUCACACUGGUGCCAGCUUAGUAGGAGGCGUCCCCAUUGGAGCAGCCAGAAGAACACCAAGUGGGCGGUACGCUGGUCGACGCCCCACUCAUAGCAAUCAGUAUUACGGACCGCGGCAACAAGGUGGAAGCUACAAUCCAAAUUUAUUGCAUUCGCUGGGAUAAUAACUGGUGGCUAUCAGCCAAUAUUUCGUGUUUUCAUUUCUUCACAGCAGGUGAAAUCAAUCAAAAUAAAGUUUUAUGGGAAGCUAGCCAAAUGAGUAGCACGUGGCUACUCAGUGAAAAAUAAUGGUAUCGCAACAAGGACAUGAGGUCUACAAAGAAUAAUAGUGUCAUGCUUUUUCUAAUUUAAUCAACAAUCAAUGUUUUCAACAAACUGCAUUUACUUUUACUAUUCCUCAUUCUCUGAAGACACAUUUCGAAUUAACAUCAAUAUUAUGAAUUGUGAGUCAAUUUUAUAUAGAGAGAUAUACAUGUAUGUACUCACUUAUAGUCAUCUGCAUCAAUGUGAGAGGCCAACAUUAAAUUUUAUAUUU